AUGACAAGCUCCAACGACAACCCAACCGAGCCAGACCCCUCGAAAGAGAAACUAGACCAAGUCUUUGCUUUAAUCAAAGAUGGAAAAAUCAUAAGAGAGACAGACCUCUGGGGUGCGGCGAACAAGUUCAGAGAGGCGCGAACGCUACUGGAACUACUCGCAACUGAGCAUCCUCGAUCAACAGAUGAAGAGAAGCAGAUUGCUACACUCUACGAACGACAAGCAUGGGAAUAUCUGAAAGAGUCACGUCAGUGUCUGAUAGAAGCCAUGAAGGCUGAAAAAGAACGGGAUGAGAUGGAAGAGAGUACCACUUUCUUGACUCUAACUGACGACGAAUCUACUGCACGACUAAACACAUUUUCAUCCCUAUUCUCGCGGAAAUUGGAAGCUGAGCCAGAAGAACUUACAAUGGAAAAUCAAGUCUCUCUUGAAGAACGAUUGAGAAAUCUGAACCAGUCAUUGCCGAGUGGCUUCAAGACUUCUGAAGAACGUAUGAGUGACCUCAACAAAGGGUUAAACAGAUUAGGAUUGUCAAUGUAUGAGCAGAAGACUCCAUUUUCACGAUUCAUUGAAGAUUCUAUUCCAAAAGAUGAGGAUGAUCAAGUCGCAGAGAUUAUGGCUCAGGCCAAAGAUGAAGUCCAUUUUGAAAAUGUCUUGGCUCAGAACUCAACAACUGGGAUGGUCAAGAAGUCGAAUGACGAUGACAGCAUUUCUGAUGUUGAAGACGACAGUGACAGCGACAGCGAUGGGGACGAGUUACUGAGUGAUGAGCAGUUAGCGAUGAAGAAAGUGAGAAGGAGAGUGGUCUUGGCACAAAUGAAACUCGCCGAAUUGGUUGCAUUGAUUGAUGAGGCAAAGGGUAUCCAAGCAAACGAAGAGAAAAAGGAAGAAGAAGCGGCGUUGACGGUAAACGAUGAUUCAUCGGAAGAUAUAUCGAAGCCUGAUUUAGAAGCACACUUUGCUUCAGCAAAAAAGAAACUGAGAGCCGCGCGAAAAGAUUUGAGAAAAGCAACAGAGGAAUGGUUUUGA